AAUUUUAAUUUUGUUUGUUUGGUAGGACCUGCCGUUACCCCCGCCCAUCCCCCCUUUGCUUUGUUCCGAAGCCUUCAAGCUCUUCUUUCAAUGGCACUUAAAAGGUCUGCAUUCAAACCCAUUAUUUGUUUAUGUUUUCCAAAUUCCCUUUUGGGAAACUAUUUAAUGUCGAUUAUUCCUUCCUUAAAACCACAUUUACUACCUGGGUUUCUCUCCUCCUUCUUUUUCUCUUCCUUCUCUUUUGUCUCUCCGACUCUUUUUUUCUCUCAAUUUUCCUGUUGCUGGAAAGCUAUGGAUAAGCGUCGCAGAAAGCAAGCCAAGACCAGUAGUGGCUGCUCUGAGGCAGAGGUGAGCAGUAUAGAGUGGGAGUUCAUUAACAUGUCGGAACAAGAAGAAGAUCUCAUCCAUAGAAUGUACAAGCUGGUUGGUGACAGAUGGGCACUGAUAGCUGGCCGGAUUCCGGGUCGGAAAGCCGAAGAAAUAGAGAGGUUUUGGAUAAUGAGACAUGGAGAAGGGUUUGCUAGUAGAAGAAAAGAAGUGAAGAGACAUGGUUCCUAAUGCUUCCUCUUUUAUAUCCCUAGACUAGAGAAUCUCAUUUUUAUUUCAUUUUUAAUCAUUUUGUUUACCUAUGUAUGCAGUAAUUAAGGUAUGUAGUUGUAACUUCUAAUUUUCUGGCUAAUUUAUUAUGAAUCACCUUUUAAUCU